AUAUACGUAGCUGGUGAACUAUUAUACGGGCAUGGCGCAGUAUUCAACACCAACUUCCAAAGCGAGGUGACGAGAUCCUAGACAAGGAUAUACAACAGCUAAAAUGUAUAGUCGUAUUGCAUAGGGAAGUUGGACUUUUGCAUACCAGAACCGGAGGCUGGCGGCUGGCCCAAGCAACGAGGUCAAACAUGAGGAACGGGGCCCACACAGCAGCAUUCUCCUUUUCCUCCAUGGGCUGAAAAACACGCUAGUGGCAAACGUGCAAAAGGAGCCGAUUAGGAUGUGAAUGCGUCCAUAGCGCCUCACCUUAGCCAUUUUCUUCGAGGCAACGGCAGGCAGCUUCUUCCUCCUCGAUGCUGCUCUGCGCCACGAACCCAUCGCCCAUGGUGGUUCCCUAGGCAAUCAGGGUCCGAGUAGCGCAAAAGCAGCCCUGCGUUAGCCGAGUUUCAUGAGAGGGAACCAUGCAGCCGCUCAGCUCAUCAUGCCGUAGCAGCAGCAGCAGAUACACCACCAAAUCAUCCACGCCGUUCGCCGGCCUUGUCGCUGCCGCCCUUCUGCUCUGCUUCGUCUCGCCAACCAGCUCCUGCACGGAGCAGGAGAGGAGCGCCCUCCUCGGCUUCCUGGGCGGGCUCGUGCCGGGCGGCAGCGGCAGUCUCAACGUGUCGUGGUUGAACGGCACGGACUGCUGCCAAUGGGAAGGCGUCCUCUGCAGCGGCGACGGCACGGUCACAGAUGUCUUUGUGGCUUCCAGAGGUCUCAGAGGGCUCGUCUCGCCAUCCCUCGGCGAUCUUGCUGGCCUCAAGCGCCUCAACCUGUCCCAUAAUUCGCUUGAAGGCAGUCUACCGGCAGAAUUGGUGUUCUCCAGAAGCAUUACUGUCCUCGACGUCAGCUUCAACCGCCUCGAUGGUCAUCUGCAAGAGCUGCAAGCCUCAGAUACCAACCUUCCUCUGCAGGUGCUGAAUAUCUCAAGCAAUUUGUUUGGAGGCCAGUUUCCAUCAACAACAUGGGGGGCGAUGAGGAAUCUGGUUGCCCUUAAUGCGAGCAACAACACCUUCACAGGACAAAUACCAUCUUCUCUCUGCACCAACGCCCCCUUAUUUGACAUGCUUGACCUUUGUUUCAACCAAUUCAGUGGCAACAUUCCCCCAGGGCUUGGCAGUUGCUCCAUGCUGAAAGUGCUCAAGGUUGGACACAAUAACCUCAGCGGAGCUCUCCCGCCGGAACUCUUCAAUGCUACCUCACUGGAGCAGCUCUCCUUACCCAACAAUUUCUUGCAAGGAGUUAUUGAUGGCUCCCACAUAGCAAAACUAAGCAAUCUGACUGUCCUUAAUCUUGGAUCGACUGGCCUCAGUGGCAAGAUUCCGUAUUCUGUCGGCCAGUUAACAAGAUUGGAGCAACUCUACUUGGACAACAACAAGAUGUCUGGUGAGCUGCCACCGGCCCUAGGUAACUGCUCAAAUCUCAGAUACAUUACCAUCAGAAACAACAGUUUUACCGGGGAACUUAGCAAAGUCAACUUCACCAUGUUGGAUCUGAGGACAGCUGAUUUUUCAUUGAACAACUUCACUGGUACAAUUCCUGAAAGUAUCUACUCAUGCACCAACCUAGUUGCGUUACGCCUGGCUUUCAAUCAAUUUCAUGGCCAGUUCUCACCAAGCAUUGGAAAUCUCAGGUCCCUCUCCUUCUUCUCAAUUACCGGCAACUCUUUUACAAACAUCACAAAUACACUUCAGAUGCUCAAGAGAUGCAAGGAUCUCACCUCCCUGAUGAUGGGAACCAACUUCAAGGGUGAAACCAUACCACAGGAUGAAACAAUUGAUGGUUUUGAGAACCUUCAGGUACUCACCAUAGAUGAUUGCCCAUUGGUUGGGCAAAUCCCGCUUUGGAUAUCAAAGCUUGAAAAAUUGGAGAUGCUAGACCUGUCAAUGAAUCAGCUCACUGGACCGAUACCAUCCUGGAUUGAUGGGCUGGGCUUCCUGUUCUUUCUAGAUAUAUCAAGCAACAAACUUACAGGGGAUAUACCAGCUGCAUUGACAAAGAUGCCGAUGCUACUAUCAGAGAGAAAUGCUGCCAAGUUGGACACAAGGUUCCUUGAGUUGCCUGCAUUUUGGACACCAUUACGUCAAUACCGGACGGUCGGUGCUUUUCCUAGCAAAUUGUGUCUGGACAACAAUAAUUUCACUGGUGUGAUUCCCCCUGAGAUUGGUCAGCUAAAAAUGCUCGACAUCCUUAAUUUAAGCUCCAACAGCUUAACUGGCGAAAUACCACAAGAAAUCUGCAACCUCACAAACCUGCAAACGCUCGAUUUGUCGGACAACCAGCUCACAGGUGCAAUACCAUCUGCACUGAGUGAUCUGCACUUCCUAUCCAGAUUUGAUGUUUCUAACAACAAGCUAGAAGGGGAAGUUCCAAGUGGAGGACAGUUUGAUUCCUUUUCGAAUUCCAGCUACAGUGGGAAUCCAAAGCUAUGCGGACCUAUGAUCAACAAUGACUGCAACUCAAGACCAUCUUCAGCCUCUGGGAAGCGACGGAACAACUUGCGUCCUGCAUUAGUUAUUGGAAUCACCGCGGGGGGACUCAUUGCUCUCAUUUUGCUUGCAUGCUUCCUUAUUGCAAGGUUAGCAUAUGAUGAUCACACUGAAAAUGUGGUCCCCCUUCGAAGCAGGCGGUGAUGAAGAUGUCUAAGUUCUCAACAGACGUGUUGCUGAAGAUCUGAUGCUUUGAACAUUGUGCUUUUCUUCCCUCCUGUACUAAGACAUCGCUUAAGUCUUCAUUGUUUGCAAGGACUUUAUGCGCGUCAUUCCCAGUUCUCCUCUGCUAUGCAAACAGAGCAAGAUAUUAGAUGUCGCAGGCCUCGAUCUAGGGUGUAAUGUAGUUUCUCGAACUGGAUGUGUAUAAAAAUGUAAGCUAGUAUUACCAGCA